AAACAGCACACCUUAAACUAACUGCGCACAUUUGAUUAGAUCACGCAAAGUCAAGCCAAAGAAGCGUUGAUUCAGCUCAACAGGGAAGCUCAAUUACGGCGGAGGAAGAUGACGGUGGCGGCGGGGAUCGGCUACGCGUUGCUAGCACUGGGCCCCUCUCUCUCACUCUUCGUCGCCGUUAUUUCCCGCAAGCCCUUCCUCACUCUAACUCUUCUUUCCAGUACUUUGGUAUGGCUGAUGAGUCUCAUUGCAUUAUCGGCAGUCUGGAGAGCGUUUCUACCGUUCAAAACGGCGACGUGGUGGCCUUAUUCGCUUCUAAUUUUGACUUCCGUUGCCCUCCAAGAAGCUCUCCGCCUUUUCUUGUGGAGAGUCAACAAGAGGAUGGAAGAAAUGUUGGAUGCCUAUGCAGAUAGAGUCUCCAAGCCUCGCCUAUACAUCACUGAUAAGAUGCAAAUUGCACUUGCUGGUGGAAUGGGUCAUGGUGUGGCUCAUGCUGUUUUCUUCUGCAUAAGCCUUUUAACUCCUGCAUUUGGACCAGCAACAUAUUAUGUUGAAAAAUGCUCAAAAAUACCAUUUUUUCUUGUCUCUGCUAUUAUGGCCCUUGCAUUUGUUACAAUUCACACAUUCUCUAUGGUUAUUGCAUUCAAUGGUUACUCGGAAGGAAACAAAAAGGACCAAUAUUUUGCUCCUGUUGUUCAUCUAGCAGCUGGAUUGUUUACACUAGCAAAUCUUGUGUCUGGGGGCUGUGUCGUCGGCAUUCCUCUACUCUAUGUCAUGGCAAUCGUGACAUUGGUGCAUUGUGGGAACACUGUGUGGAGGAGACUGACAGAUAACCGGAGCAUGGAAACAAACUUGCAGUGACGAACAUAGGAUCAUAUUUCAUAGUCUUAGUUGCCCAUUUGCUUUCGGUAAAAGAUCGUAUGCCUUGUUGAAUAUUUCUAUGAUUGUACUGUCAUUUUCAGGUUAAAAAUAUCCCACAUAUGUGUAGGCCGUAGGGUGUCACAUUUAUCCUUCAUUUAUUUCUCCUUUCUUCUA